CAGGAUGUGUGACCGCAACGGCGGGAGGCGGCUCCGGCAGUGGCUGAUCGAGCAGAUUGACAGUGAGCUGUACCCUGGGCUCAUCUGGGAGAAUGAGGAGAAAACCAUGUUCCGCAUCCCGUGGAAACACGCCGGGAAGCAGGAUUACAACCAAGAGGUGGAUGCCUCUAUUUUCAAGGCUUGGGCUGUUUUCAAAGGCAAGUUCAAAGAAGGUGACAAAGCAGAGCCGGCGACGUGGAAGACGCGGCUGCGCUGUGCUUUGAACAAGAGCCCUGACUUUGAGGAGGUGACAGAUAGGUCCCAGCUGGACAUCUCGGAGCCCUACAAGGUCUACAGGAUCGUGCCGGAGGAGGAGCAGAAAUGCAAAGCGGGCAUUGCCAACGGGAGCAGCCUGAACGACGUCACGGAGAUGGACUGCAGCUCCUCGGCCAUCGAUGACCUCAUCAAGGAGCCCCCCUGUGUGGAUGAAUACCUGGGGAUCAUCAAGAGAAGCCCCUCACCUCCCCAGGAGACCUGCAGGAACCCCCCGAUACCCGACUGGUGGGUGCAGCAGCCCAGCCCUGCGUUGCCCCUGAUGAAUGGAUACUCUGGCUAUGAGCAGCAUCACUCGGGUUACUCCCAGAUGGUGAUCAGCUUCUACUACGGCGGGAGGCUGGUGGGACACAUCACCACCUCGUACACCGAGGGCUGCCGCAUCUCGCUCAGCCAGCCCUCCAGCCAUGGUGACAAGCUCUACGCCCCGGAUGCCCUGGAGCAUGUGCGAUUCCCCUCGGCCGAUGUCAUCCAGAACGAUCGCCAGAAGCAGAUCACCAAGAAGCUCUUUGGGCACCUGGAGAGGGGUGUCCUGCUGCACAGCAACAAGCAGGGCAUCUUCAUCAAGAGGCUGUGCCAGGGCAGGGUCUUCUGGAGCGGGAACACCAUGGUCUACAAGGACAGACCCAACAAACUGGACCGGGAUGAGGUGGUGAAGAUAUUUGACACCAACUUAUUCUUCAGAGAGCUGCAGCAGUAUUACAACAACCAGGGCCGCUUCCCUGACAGCAGGGUCAUGCUGUGCUUCGGAGAGGAGUUCCCGGACGCGGUGCCGCUGCGGUGUAAGCUCAUCCUUGUCCAGGUGGAGCAGCUGUGUGUCAGGCAGGUGGUGGAGGAGGCUGGGAAGACCUGCAGCAGCAGCCCCAUGCUCCCCAUUGCUGAUGAGACACAGCACGACCAGGUGUACAGGAUCUUCCAGGACAUCUGCGCCACGCACCAGCGGCCGCUCUUCAGAGAAAACCAACAGAUUGCUGUCUGAGCCGCCUUCUCUGCAGGCGUAGUGUGGGGCUUUGGGUCGAUCUAGACCCGCUUUGGUCCCAUUAGUGCCUAAAUUCCCCUUUUGGAGAGUUGGUUUUUGUUCUUUGCUGUUUCCAGCCCAGAGUCUGUACUAGUACAGCAGUUAAAACUGCCAUGAGAAAGUCAGUUGGAUGCUUAG